UCAUCCACGUUUUGUCCAAUGUCCACGCCUACAUCUUCAGCCAAGCUGGAAGCUUCAAGGAAACCUCAGGCGGCGCGAAUCCUCGAAAUGCCCUUCGAGUUGAUCUCAGAAAUCAUGCAAAUUGGGCUUUUGCUGACGGUUCCGAAUCGAGAAAACAAUACAGGAAGGAUGAGCUAUGUGACUGGGCUUGCUUCCGUGUGCACUCGGUUUAGAGAGAUCGCGUUGGAGACACCGCAACUCUGGGUUUUGGAAUACUUCGACAUAUUGGGCUACCCUCUCAACGCCAAAACACAACGCUUUCUCGACCGCUCCAAACCCUGCACUUUCCGAGUAAUUAUUACGUCUCCAAACGGAGAGGACUCUGAUGACGAAGACUAUGACUCGUUCUCGGACGAGGAUGAGGAGCCAGGAAACGACGGCCUCUCGGAUAUGGUUGCCUCUGGUUUUGGAGACACGAUGGACAGAUGGGGGGAGGUUGUCGCCAUAGUUCAUGCACCAAGUGAACUCACGGAUCUUGCUGGGCUGUCCCCAGGCUAUCUCACCAACCUGACCAAAUUGCACUUCGAGCUCGCGCUCAUGCGCGAGCAGCCUUGGAAAGGGCCGCCUCUCAGACUUUUUUCGGUCGCCCCUCGCCUCUCACAGGCCAUAAUUAGGCUGCAUAAACUGAGCAAACCUGUUUCCGUUCUUCUCCCCCUUCCAUGGGCUCAACUUAAGGACCUCACUAUCGAACUUGAUACUCUCGACAGCACAUUCGCGACUCUGGUCCUCUGCCAAAACUUAGUUUCCCUCUCACUGGCAGUUUUGUUGACCCACGCGGAGAUCAAGUUUACGCACCCCAAAAUAACACUGCCAGCACUCGAAAAGCUGGAUUUGCACGUACUUCCUAUCGCCACUUUCGGAUCACUCUGUCCUGCGCUCGAGGCGCUAAUGCUUCCUGCCUUGAAGCGCUUCGAAGUGGAGUUUGGGCCCGAAGCAUGGGUGUCUGAGCAAGUUGCCACUGCCCUCGAAAAGUUCCUAACGAACAAUCCUUCGAUAACCAACUUGGUUGUCGGAAAUAUAACGGACACGCCGCUCCUCCGCAUCCUCCGGUGCCUGCCCAAACUCACCGAGUUGAGCAUUGCUGACAAUGGCCUCGCUGAAGUGAUCGACGACAAGCUGUUACAAGCACUGUCCGAUGGAAAACUGGUGCCUGCGGUCCAGUCGCUCGAACUCCUCAGCGGCACCAAAAAAUUGAAGGAGCCGGCUCUCUUCCGCAUGAUUUCUACUCGAUGGCAGGAGGACAACGGCUUCGCCAAGCUUAAGCGGUGCAGAGUUGAGGCAGAAUAUCUCCUCAACGAUGAUUUUUUCGCCAAGAUCAAAGCUUUGCGGGAUGAAGGGCUUGUAUGGGAGUUUGAGGUCAAGGUGCCGGAUUUAGACUCGGACGAAGAGAACUCAGAGGAAGAUGACUACUACCGAUGGGAGUCUUAUUACUAG